AUGGCAUUGGACCUGGGACGGCAGGCCCAGGCCUACCGGUCGUCGCAAAUGCUUAGAAGCCAACCUGCGGCACGGUGUCCCCCGGACACCUCCGGUGUGCGGCGUGGACAACACCUUGGGCCGAGGUUGUCGGCGCGACGCGAGCUGCUGUCGCCUUGCUUUGUCGGUCUGCCAGUGGUGUGGAUCUGCCACGUACGAUUGCAGAGGUAUGCUGUCCCGCCGAACAGGCAGCGGCCACGUCCGGCCGCUGUCAAGACAAAAGGCUUCGAGGUUGGCUCUGGGAGUGCCAAAGGUGGCGGUAUUGUCGAUGCCGACGGCAAGCACCCUCUCACACGAGCGAUUUCAGAUCCAGAAUACGGACGAUGGCACGAUGACAGAUUCCGGUCGCUUGUCAUGAAAGCCUUCCUCGCGCUCGAAAGAACUAACAAGCUGGAUGGCGCAGUGAUAUUGCUCCCGACGCUGCUCGAGGAGAUGACUCGAAUGUAUUCCUCGAUCUCAUGGGAGAGACAGCUGUAUAUGAUCCUGGCAAAGUGGCGAGAGCUCUGCAAGCAGCGAGGGAUCUUGAACAGCGAAGAGAGUAUAGCUCCAGAACUUAUGGAAGAGAAAGCGCCGGAGCCUCUCUGCUGGCGACAAGUGGCAAACGCUGGCGGCUUGACGGUCGCGGCUGCCGAGAUGGUGUUUUGGAAGGGUACCGCUGACAUCAAGGAAGGCCGAGGCCGAGCCAGCAGGGGCUUUGCUGCUCAGUCCGACGGCUUCACGGGUUUUGAGGAGCUGAGAUCCUGUGGCAAGCGGGACCAUGAGCUCGUGGGGGUGACUAUCAAGUCUUUGGUGCAAGCCCUUUCGGAGCUCAUGGACGACAACUCGGGCCCAAUUCGACUCCUCAUGCCGCAGGACACCCUAAAGGCUGUUGAUCAGAAGUAUGUCGAGGACUUGCUCCUUAGCCUUGGAGAGCGGCUCGAGGUGCAGACAUACUCGGGCUCUCCGACCCGAGACCAGCUGGUGUCUGAAAGCCAUGUCAUGGUCUUGCUGUACCAGAACGCGAUAGUGCCUGCGAGCUCAGAAUGCUGGACUUUGCCUGGGGAGGCCACUUGCGGACGCAG